CUCUCUAGAGCGACAUUAAUUUCGACGUCUAAAUACGCGUCUGUCUUUCGUUCUCAUAGUUGAUUCCCAACUCAAUUCAAGCCAAACACAAGACAGUUGACGAUUCAGGGCUCUGCAACAAUCCGCGUUUUCCUUCCACAUUUCUUUGAGGAAUUUCUAUUACAGUUUGAAAGGGAUGAGUGAUCACUUGGUUUUGUCUGUUGACCGCCUCAUAACACCUGAAAGUUUGGAAUCACUGCGAGCGACUGAGCCCAUGGGAUCUUCUGAGCAGGGUUCCUAUUCUCGUACCACUGGUCCACCUGAAUGUGUCAUUGAUGUUGAACAAGUAGGGAAACAUGAUGUAUCUGUUGAUGAAGAAGAGCCGCUACUUCCGACCGUUGAAUGUCGUAUUUGCCAGGAAGAGGAUAGCAUCAAAAAUUUGGAAAGCCCUUGUGCCUGUAAUGGCAGUUUGAAGUUUGCUCAUAGGAAAUGUGUUCAGCGUUGGUGUAAUGAAAAAGGAGAUAUAACUUGCGAGAUAUGUCAUCAGCCUUACCAACCUGGUUACACUGCUCCACCACCUUCACCUGGCUCAGAAGAUACUAUAGUUGAUAUCAGUGAGGCAUGGACGAUCUCUGGUUCUCCUUUGGACUUGCGGGAUCCUCGAAUUUUGGCUAUGGCAGCUGCUGAACGCCAUUUCCUUGAAGCUGAGUAUGAUGAAUAUUCAGAUACAAAUGCUAGUGGAGCAGCAUUUUGCCGAUCUGCAGCUCUAAUUUUAAUGGCUCUUCUUCUCUUGAGGCAUGCUAUGACACUCGCCAAUCCAGAAGGGGAUGAUGAUGCUUCUACUUUUUUCUCUCUUUUCUUGCUUCGGGCCGCUGGUUUUCUUCUUCCUUGUUACAUCAUGGCCUGGGCCAUUAGCAUAUUGCAACGUCGCAGGCAACGACAGGAAGCGGCAGCUCUUGCAGCAACUGAAGUUGCAUUUAUGAUACAGGCUGGGCAACGUCGGGGCCUGCAGUUCACAAUUGCUCCUGGACCUGCAGUGACUCCCCAUCAGGAGCCACUCCAAUGAUACAGUUUUCUUUAUUACAAUAAAAACAUUGUGUUGUUGAAGAGAUAUAUAUACCAUCGAAAUUUGAGUUUUGUUGUCGUGCUCAUGCAAUUAGUACUUGAAGUUAACUUGAAUGUUGUAUUUCUCUCUGUCAUCAUGUUCUACAUCUCGAACAGGAAGCUGUGCUGCUUUUCCUUUAUUUUCUUUCCCAACCCGAUCCCCAUGUUAAUUUAUUCUCCUAACAUUACGAAUGUAUAUAGAUCUCCUAGCUCCCAUACAGCUGCUGGGAACUUGCUUUUUUUAUCACAGCUGCCUGUUGUAUGAACAUAAUUGCAAGCUUUCUUGGAUGAUCGGUGGUUUUAGUUUGAAUUGAUACAGAUUCGUUGGCAGUC